GUAACGUUCUCUCUGACUCAGCUCGCGCACAGCAGCCACUCAGCUAGCUACCGACAGCCCCAUCCUAAAACCGUCCCGGGUUUAAUCUCCAGGGUUGUUGUGGUGUAAAGACACAUCUGCAGUCAGUGUUGUUUGGUUCAGAGUAAAGUUUCUUCCGGGUUCGUGUCAAACUUAUGAACUUGUUUCUCAGUCUGGCUGAGGGCGCGAGCGAAGGCGGUCUCUUCGUCCAAGACUGUCGGCAGAAAUGAAAAGCCAACAGAAAAGCCCUGAACCUGAUGGAAGUGUCACCGUCAACGAGGAAGGGUCCGUAGCCACGGCAGAGGACCCGGCAGCUAUCGCCACCAUCCAGUCUGCUGCCACCUUCACCGACCAGCCCAUCAAAUAUCUCUUCAAGACGGAAGGAGCAGGCGGGCAGGUGACCUACAGAGUGAUCCAGGUGUCAGAUGGCCAGUUGGAGGGUCAGACAGAUGGAGCUGCAGCCGUCAGCCUCGUCACUGGUUUCCCCGCAACCACUCAGACUGUCACACAGGCUGUGUUCUCCCAGCCUGAGGGGUUAGAGGGAGACGGCAGCGCAGAGACGCAGUACACCUACUACCCUGCCACCAUCGCAGACGCCACCACUGGCACCAUGGUGACCACAGUGCAGGCCUCUGACACACUGCUGGGACAGACCACACCCACAGGGCAGCUUUACGUGAUGAUGUCACCCCAAGAAGUUUUGACGGGCUCCAAUCAAAGGACAAUCGCACCUCGCACUCAGCCAUACAUAGCAAAGCAAGAGGCUCCUCGGGGUUCCAGAGAUGAUAAGAGGCGAGCCCAGCACAAUGAAGUGGAGCGCCGGCGCAGGGACAAGAUCAACAACUGGAUCGUGCAGCUGUCAAAGGCCAUCCCAGACUGUAACAUCGACUACACCAAGACGGGACAGGUGAGUGAAAGUAAAGGAGGAAUCUUGUCCAAAGCCUGCGAGUACAUCAAGGAGCUCCGACAGAGCAACCUGAAGCUGGGGGAAGACAUCAGCACUCUCGAUCGUCUCAGGAUCGACAACCAGCUACUCAGACAGGAGGUGGAAGACUGGAAGUCCAAGAAUCAGAUCCUGAGGAACCUGCUGCGACAGCACGGCAUUGUGGGAUCUUCCAGCACAGACCCCCAGUGAGGAGCCUGAAGCCUCUGGGUAUUUGAAGACAACCAUGUAUGGGCCAAAAGAGUACUUGAAAUGCUUUGAGAUACUUUAUUUGUGAUCAAGCGUGCAUGACAGAGGGGACAUAAUUGAAUAUUGUCAUUCAUCUUCUUUGCCUAAUGACUCCUUUGAAUAUUAUCUUUGAAGCUUUUUACAGAAUUUAAAUCCUUCGCCUGGUGAAAACAACCCAAUCAUGAUAACAUGAUGUAAAAUUAACAUCUUUAGUUACAGAAGUCGUCGGUCGGUUUAACAAAGCCCUCGUUGAAUGCCUUUCUCCUCAGACAUGAUUGUUCAUUAACCUCCAGUACAGUAAGCUCUGAAACACGACCAACUGCUCAUGUCUUUCUUUCUCUUAACCUCUGCAGUACCGUGCUCCUCCGUAUCAAACGCACUUAUGUUGAUGUAUUCAUUCAUGCUUUGACCUGUUUUCCAUCUCACUCUGACCGGUCGGCACCAUGUUUAUCAUCCAGUUCAUCGCUCGGCUCGUUUGCUUUGUAUUUUUGUAUGUUUCAUGAAACCUCACUGGGGACAAUAAUUGCAUUGCAACAAUGUAACUAACUAAAUAAAUAAAUAAACAAACAAACAGGGGUUGUUAAGCAUUGCAUUGUAGGUAGGCUAUGUAUGUCUUUAUAAUAAAAAAAUCAAAUAAUAUACUGUAUGUCAUACGCCACUUUCAGUUGUGUUUAUUAAAGUUGGUAAAUUGGUUAAAAA